UUGUAGCCAGUCAAAACUGAUUGAGUCAUCUCGAUUCAGUUUUGAGACACGCCUGUUGCUUUGAGUGAGCCUUUACCCUACCUUGCGCGUUCCCUUCUGUCCAAACAGGUUUGACGAGGACACACCUGUAGGAAGAACAGGAAGCUUUGUGUCUCAACUCCAUUUUUGACCUCUGUGGACGACGGACGGAUCGAAAGCAAGCUAAGGAGGACUUUCAACAAACGUAUUUCAGCUAUUAAUUCGACCAUGAAGAUGUGGAUUGCUCUUGUGCUCGCCGCCUUCGCGGUUGGAGCCUCGGCCCAAGGCUGUUCAUGUAACACAAUGAAGUGGGCCACCUGUGAUGGAAAUCCAUGUGAGUGUUAUGUCAUGAUUGGUGAUCAAAUGAAACAGACGCUUGACUGCUCUUCAUUGAUCCCCAAGUGCUUCUUGAUGAAAGCUGAGAUGUACAGAGCCAAAAAAGGGUUGGACACUCGUACCAUUGGAGGAAAGCCUGACGAGACCGCUUUUGUGGACAAUGACGGCAUCUACGACCCAGAGUGUGAGAACGAUGGCAAAUUCAAGGCCAAGCAGUGCAACAACACAGAGGAGUGUUGGUGCGUCAACAGCGCCGGUGUUCGACGUACAGACAAGGGAGACAAGAACCUAAAGUGUGAGAAGCUGGUUGAGACCUACUGGGUCCGUCUUCAGCUGACGCACAAACCGGUGACAGGUUCUGUGGAUGCUAAUAAAUUGAAGGUGGCUAUUGCUGAUGCUAUCCACAAGCGUUAUGACAACUUUAACAAGGAUAUGGUCAAAGAGAUUGAGUAUGACCCUGAUGCCCGCAUGAUUGUGGUGGAUGUGAUGAAGCCCAAGGGAGAGCGCAAGAGCGAUCUGACCAAUAUGGCCUACUACAUGGAGAAAGAUGUGAAAGUACUGCCGCUGUUCAAGAACCAGGAGAAAUUUGAGCCCCUUGUGGGCACCCAGAGAAUGGAGAUGGAGAACAUUUUGGUGUAUUAUGUGGAUGAGGAGGCCCCAACAUUCACCAUGAAGCAUCUUACGGGUGGAAUCAUUGCUGUCAUCGUGGUGGUCGUGCUGGCUGUGGUGGCCGGCCUGCUGCUAUUGUUCUUCUUCAAAAGGCGUCAGAGUCAGAAGUACAACAAAGCUCAGCAAAGGGAGAUGGAGCCCAUGUAAACACUUCAUUGUGGCAGGAGGCCAGAGUCAUCGUUGGAUGCACAUACUUGCAGUGUGCCAUACACCGUUCUACAAGACAAAUUUUUGUAAAGGAACAAUCAAAAUGCUUGGUUAUUGGCACAAUUUAUACUGCCUUGUAUUUAUAACUUGGGUAAAGUUUAUCCCACCUCUAUGCCAUGCUUAAAUGUGGUAUUUAAAUUUUAGAUGUUGUUAAAUGAUUUAAAUUCCAUUUUAGAUUGUACAGUUUCUUACAAGUGUGUGUGUGUGUUCUUGUUGGAUUAUUUUUAAUAAAAUGUUUUAAAGGCU